UAACAUCGUAAAGGACUACGGGUGGUUUGCAUAGAAGCAACACGCUUUUUUCUAUUUCACAAUAUUGCUGUCACGUCCGUUCCAUUAUUGCGCUUGUGAUGUCAGUGGAUUUAGGUGCCCGUCACGAAUGCCUGAAGAAUAACGAUGUGUCUCUUCAAUGAGCGUUUCUGUGUGGGUUCCAUGUCCUUCAGUUUAGUGGCUGGAUUCUGAUUUUACCCUCACUGAAAACACCUUGGAUUGUGGACUCGGGAUCGCUGCUUUACGUGCAGCCCUGAACACAAAACCUGCGUUUGUUUUGCGCGGAUUGUGUAGCGUGUUUUAUUAUAACUUCAUGCACGAAAUGGAAUGCAGAGUAUUGUCAAUUCAGAGUCAUGUUGUCAGGGGAUAUGUUGGCAAUAAAUCGGCAUCAUUUCCGUUACAGGUGCUGGGGUUUGAGGUGGAUUCAAUCAACUCGGUACAGUUCUCCAAUCAUACAGGCUACUCUCACUGGAAAGGCCAGGUGCUGACCGCGGACGAGCUGCACGUCCUCUACGAGGGGAUCAAGCUCAACAACGUCCACCACUACGACUAUGUUCUCACAGGGUACACUCGAGACACUUCCUUUCUGGAGAUGGUUGUGGACAUCGUACAAGAGCUGAAGAGGGCCAAUCCUAACCUUGUGUAUGUGUGUGACCCGGUGCUGGGGGACCAUGGCUCCAUGUACGUUCCAGAGAACCUGCACCCAGUCUACAAGAACAAGGUGGUGCCAGUGGCCGACAUCAUCACACCCAAUCAGUUUGAAGCAGAGCUCCUGACAGGGAAGAACAUUAGCACAGAGAAAGAUGCAGUGGAGGUGAUGGACCUGCUCCAUAAGAUGGGUCCUGACACGGUGGUCAUCACCAGCUCUGACCUGCCCUCGCGUCUGGGUGACCGCUUCCUUGUGUCCCUGGGCAGCCAGAGGACGUUGAUGCCUGAUGGUACCAAGUCCACCCAGAGGGUUCGUAUGGAAAUCCCCAAGGUGGACGCUGUGUUUGUGGGGACAGGGGACCUUUUUGCUGCGAUGCUGCUGGCCUGGACUCACCACUACCCCAACGACCUCAAGACUGCAUGUGAGAAGACUUUCUCAGUCAUGCAUCACGUUAUCAAGAGGACCAUCUCCUAUGCUCACGAUUUAGCAGGGCCUGGCCGAAAACCCAGCCCGCCUCAACUGGAGCUGAGGAUGGUUCAGAGUAAAGCAGACAUUGAGGACCCCGCCAUCGUGAUGGAGGCUACUGUCCUAAACCUAUAGAGCCCCCACCCCCAAUCCCCCCCCCCCCCGCGCCACAACCGCACAAUGUAUAGGUGUUGUACAUUUUGAUCUGUAAUGUGACAUUGCCUUAGAAAUCUCUUACAGAGCACAACAUUUCCAUAUGAGGAGACUUAGCAGGGUAUGGAUGGACAGAUGGGGGGGGGGGGGGGUGAGCAGAGGAGGGGAAGACCUGAGUGGGCCGGAGUGGGGGCUACUGCACUCAGACACCUCUUUUCGACAACCUGGUCUCUCUCGGUCUCUCUUUAUCUCUCCCACUCCCUCUUUGAGCUUGCCUAACCUCUUGGUUUGUCCUGCACACACAGCUUCACAGCCCAGGCCAGCCCAGGCCUAGACUAUUCCAAGGCCAGGCAUCACAGGGCUUAGGCCUAUUGGAGUUGCAGCACUAGCUAACUACGGUGGGAAUGUGGUGGCUCAGGCUAGCUAAAGCCUAGGCCGAGGUUAUAUCUGGCCUGCAAAAAUCAACCAAUCAACAAUCUGUCAAUCAAUCAAGCCUUGUGAAAUAUAUGCACAGCUGAGGGCAGAAUACUGAUCAGGGAUAGGAUAGACUCUGAGGCACUUAUUUGAGUGGAGGAGUGGUGGUUUAUAAACGUUUUACCUCAUAUGUCACAACAGGACAAUGGUUUUGGGUAUGUUGAUUCUUAAAUCAAUUGUCCAUGUUCGGUGCUUAGAUCAUGAUCAGCGUAUGAUCAUUGUAAGCACGUCACUAACUUUGUGGUUGUACGUUUUUGUGUGUUGUUUGUUAUUUACAAUGUGUGAAAUGCUGGAGAUCUAUCAUUUCAACAUUUGUUGAUGUAUGAUCCAUGUGUGUUCAAAUUUCAAUGUUAUUGGAAUUACCAUGCGUAUGUCUUUUAUUUGUCUUCUUAAUUGGUUGCAAGGACUAGCAAGGAUAAUCUACACUGUUCAUUUUAUACAUACAAAUUAAUCAAAACAUUCAUAUAUACUUUUUUAUGUGUUUGUAUAUUUACAUAUCUUGGGCAGAUAUAAUAUUGAUAUGGUUUCUCUGUCUGUACCAAACUUGUGAAAUCAAAUUAUGUUAGAGAGUGCCAAACUGGCUGUUUCCUGAAACAGACAUGAAAUUGCAAUAAAGUUAAUAUGAUUCCUGUUAUUUAGCCAACUUGCUGUAAGUUUUCUGUCUUCCCCUGCUUUGUGGGGAAUUCUCCAUAUCUUACGCUCUGUUCUGAAGAAUGAACAAUGUGGAGAAAGCUGAUUUGAUCUUUCUGGUGAUGCUAUGUUACAACCAUUUCUCCUCAGGCGGGGGAGUGUCCGUGUGCAGGACCAAUCAGGGGUUAGUUCUGCUCUGACUGACAUGUACUUCUCAGCUUUUCAUGAAACCAGUGAACUGUUUAAUCUAUGUUCCAAUUGUGCGUUACUGUACAUUUGUGUGUUUGCGUGUGUGUGUGUGUGUGUGUGUGUGUGUGUGAGAGUAUGUACAUGUAUGUAAGUGUAUAUUUCCUCUGUAAUGGGGUUUGGGGGUUUUAGGGGAGGGGGUUGGGGGUUUUAGGGGAGGGGUUGGGGUGGGGGGAAACUAGUUUUAAAAAAUAAAUUAAAAAAGAAGAGAAGCAAUGACUUAUCAUCCAGAAACUAGCCUUUCCGGUGCUCUCGUAGGAAUAGCCCAGCUGCUGACUAAGUCGGUGGUGGUGAGGUUUGUUGGCUGUGCCAGCUUUUGAACCCAAAUACUGUAUGUGGGCAUUGAACUCCCAAACGGAAGCACCUAAAACUGCCAUUGAGUGGUCCGAGUGUGUACUUUGAGUAGGAGCUUGGGGGAGUUGGAUGGUCGAGGCUGUCUGUGUCUUCGGACGAUAUAUAUAUAUGUUGGUCUGAAGUGGGUUGCCUUUCAAAAUGGAGUCUGGUCACAUAACUAAAUCUUCAGCUCCUCCAGUAUUCUGUGGGAAACCAUGGAAACAACAUAUUGACUGUUGUUGCAGCAAUGUUUUAACACAUUCCCUGGGGGAAACGUAGAGGGAUCAUUCACGGUGGAUUACAAAAUGUAUGUUAUUUAUACAUAUAUAAAGUAUAUGUAUAAAUAUGUCAUGUACUGUGGAUCAUGAAUCUGUGCUAAAGAUAUUGCCAAUUUCUGAAACAUAUAUUUGAGGGCGCUGCCUUGAAUCAGAUAGGACAUUCCGAAGUAUCUUCUUCCUUAAUAUUCAGCCAAUAGCACGUGCAGUAGUGGUGAAACAAAAACAAAAUGGGUUAAGGAUGAUUGUUGACAUGUAACGGUGUGCAACAUUUUGUGUCUUGGUCUAGACAAAAUGAGAAAAAAAUGCCCAUGUAGGGCAUUACAUGUCAACAAUCAUCCUUAACCCAUUUUGGGGGUUUCACCACUACUGCAAUCGAGCCACGUGCUAUUGGCUGAAUAUUAGGGAAGAAGAGAUUUUGGAAUGUCCCAUCUGAUUCAAGGUAGUGCCUAGUUAAAUAAAGGUUAAAUAUAUCAAAGUAAUAAAUAUAUAUUAAAAAAUAAAUAAAAGAUGUUUCUUUGUUUGGACCACUGUGUUUGCUGUAGUGUUGGCUCUCUCCUAAAAUAGUCCCUUUGGCAAAGUAUCAUAACAUAUACUCUUGCCAUGUGUAUACAAGAAACAGUAGGCAACACUAGAAUAUUAACCAUGAUGUCAGUACAGAAAGGGAGAUCUUUGACUAAUGCAGCAUUCGUGACCAAGUGGGAGGUGGGAAUUUAGAAGUUGUGAAGUCGUAAAAAACGAGUUGGUUGCAAUUUCCUGCUUUGAACUCGUCGAAACGCUGAUUGACUAAUGGCCAACAAGCUGCAAAAACCAUAAACUAAAAAUACAGCUGUCACGCUUGUAAACAAAUUAUAGUGUUCAAAAACCAUAUUAAUAGAUUUUUUAUAAAUAAUGUUUUGUUGCAUUUAACUGCCGGAAAUGCUAUUAUCGAGGUUAUAUCCUUAGUAGAUGAUGUCAGCAUGUAGGAGAAUGGGGAGCUCAGGAUGGUGGACAAGUUUCCCACAAGUAAUUACCAGUUGGAGGGCCGUUCAAGUGGAUUUUUCCCAGUUGUAUGUGGUAAAUUCCCACUUCUCACUUGGUUACGAAUGCAGCAUUAAGCGCAACUGAGUGCCCCCUACUACCCCCUGCCUUUGUAACUGUAUCUGUCCCUUAGUGGUUUUAACAGUGACCAGUCUAUGCUUGGCUCUUCUUUUGUUUUGUUCUUAUGUUGAAGAUGUUCUUUUUACAUUUUCUUUUCUCAAUGGGCAAACAAUGAAAUGUGUUAACUGUUUGGUAAAGUUUUUAGUGCUUCGUUUUUUGAGCCUGAAUAUUUUAUAACAUGUUACAAUGAAGAUUGUAGUGUACAAAUCCACAUUUAUAAUAUAUGAUAUGUAUGUUAUGAUGCAAUAAAAAUAAAGUAGUGAUUA